ACUGCGUAUAAGCUGUAGCAGACACAUCGUCUGGCUUCAGUGUGCACGGCUUCACCAUGAGACUGCUACUCCCUAACCCAGGAUUAGAGCUCCGAAUCCCCAACUAUGACGAGCUGGAGAAGAUGGAAAAAGAGAAGGUCGAAGGACGGCCCCAUUGGGACAAUAAAGCUCAGUACAUACUAACAUGUGUAGGCUUCUGUAUUGGUCUGGGGAAUGUGUGGCGAUUCCCCUACUUGUGUCAGAGCCAUGGAGGAGGUGCCUUUCUGAUUCCCUACCUGGUCCUGCUGGUGCUGGAAGGAAUGCCUCUCUUACUGAUGGAGUUUGCCAUUGGCCAACGUCUGAGGAAAAGCAGCGUAGGAGUGUGGAGAACGAUCAGUCCCUAUCUGACUGGUGUUGGUAUCGGCUCUAUGUUGGUGUCCUUCUUGGUUGGGUUGUACUACAACACUCUAAUAGCCUGGAUUCUGUGGUAUCUCCUGAAUUCUUUCCAAGAGCCUCUGCCAUGGACUCAGUGUCCACUUAAUGAAAAUAGGACAGAAUUUGUACCAGAAUGCCAGCAGAGCUCCACUGUGGAUUAUUUCUUUUACAGAGAGACUCUAAACAGUUCUACCUCUAUAGCAGAAUCUGGGGAAAUCCAGUGGCCCAUGGUGGUUUGUCUGCUCGCAUCGUGGACAAUUGUUGCUAUCUGCUGCAUAAGAGGAAUAAGCACUUCAGGCAAGGCCAUUUACAUCACAGCAAUCCUGCCUUACAUCGUGUUAGCAAUCUUUCUGAUCCGAGGAGCAACUCUGAAAGGUGCCGUGAGCGGAAUAAAAUUCCUCUUCACACCAGAUGUGGAGGAGUUGAUUAAACCAACAACGUGGCUGGAUGCAGGAGCUCAGGUGUUUUAUGCCUUUGGUUUGGCAUCGGGAGGCCUCAUCUCCUUCUCAAGCUACAACCCUGUUCACAACAACUGUGUGCAAGAUGCUGUGAUCCUGUCUGUCGUAACGGGACUCACUUCAGUCUACGCUGCCCUGGUGACCUACUCCAUCAUUGGCUUCAGAGCCACUGAGAAAUACGAUACCUGUAUCAGUGAAAACAUCGUGAGAUUAUUGAAUACAUUCAAUCUUCCUGAGGACAACAUCACACCAAGCAACUAUGAUGCAGCUUUUAAUCACCUGAACAGCUCCUAUCCUGAUGUCAUUCCUGGACUGCACCUCCAAACCUGUGACUUGCAGAAACUCCUCAGUGAGGGAGUGGAAGGAACAGGUCUGGCCUUCAUCGUCUUCACAGAGGCCAUCACCAAGAUGCCUGGCUCCCCGAUCUGGUCGGUCCUCUUUUUCAUCAUGCUUCUCUGCCUGGGACUCUCCACUCUAUUUGGCAACAUUGAGGGAGUUGUGGUCCCCUUGAAAGACUUACAAUUAUUUCCUACAAAAUGGCCCCACGAAGCACUGACUGGGCUGACAUGUGUAGUUUCCUUCAUCAUCUGCCUGCUGUUCACGCAGCAUUCAGGACUUUACUGGGUCUCUUUCUUUGAUCAUUUUGCUGGAUCAGUUCCUCUACUAACCAUUGGAUUGUUUGAGAUGAUAGCUGUUGUCUACAUCUAUGGCAUAGACAGGUUCAACAAGGACAUAGAGUUCAUGGUUGGACACAAGCCAUCAAUCUUCUGGCAGGUUACCUGGAGAGUCAUCAGUCCUCUGAUUGUCUUGGUCAUCCUAGUUUUCUAUCUGGUGACUCAAGUACAACAGAAGCUCACCUAUUUAGUCUGGGACCCCAACUCUGAGGAGUUUCCGGCUCUGGCAUCAGUGGAAUACCCCACAUGGAUCAAAGCAGCAAUCUUUCUUGUGGCAGGCGUUCCCAGCCUGGCCGUGCCUCUGUAUGCAUUAUGCAAACUGAUCUAUGUUUUAUGCAGAAAAAAAAAAAUUUCAGAUUCAAAUUAAGUGGUAAUUUCAAAGGUUAUGCAUUUUACCUCACACCCUUCACAAUAUAUUCUCUACUUAAAUGUGAUCAUAAUCCUUCAAGAAAAACUGUGUUCAUGCAUUUGUGUAAGGUACUCAUAUACAGUAUACUGUGAUUUCAAUUUUCAAUUGAUUAAUGUUUCGAUGAUGAAACAAAUUAUGCUGAUUUUAUUGCUGUUUGAUUUAUUGUGUUACCCCAACUGUAAAAAAUACAUUAAAAUGAAGGCUCUUUAAAAGAAAUGUAAACAUAAACUUGGUGUGUUGUAGACCUGAAUACAUCCCUAAUACCGUAUAAAUACUAAUUCUAACCAACCAGAAGAGGUAGUGCAUAAAAUAAGCCAAAAGAUGGUGCCCUCUUGUUGACUGAACAUUAAUAGUCAGGCCAGGCUCAGAUUUGCCCCUGGCCAUUCAACAAAAAUGUGACAAGUAAGGCAGUUUUUUGCAAAAAAUUUCCCGACCUUGUAAAAACAUGCCUAGCAUUAUGUAUUAACAAUGAGAAAUAUUUUAAGAAUUAAAGAUUAAAAUGUUUAAUAAACCCAGAUAAAAUCCCA